UGUGAUGCUGUGCUUGCUAACGGAUGUUGUAAAAGGUAGACUAUAAAGCAUCGAUUUUUCAUACUUCAUUGUUAACGGCAAGAAAACUGUCACAAUGGCGUCCCCUCUGCCUAUUAAGAUUGGAAUAAUUGGGGGUUCAGGUCUUGAUGAUCCAGAUAUCUUGGAGGGAAGAACCGAGCGCUAUGUUGACACACCGUAUGGAAAGCCAUCAGAUGCCCUGAUAUUGGGGAAGAUUAAAAAUGUGGACUGUGUGCUACUGGCGAGACAUGGGAGGCAACACACAAUAAUGCCAUCUAAUGUGAACUACCGAGCCAACAUUUGGGCCCUAAAAGAAGAAGGCUGUACACAUCUGCUGGCAACCACUGCCUGUGGCUCUCUGCGGGAGGAGAUCCAGCCAGGAGAUAUUGUCCUGAUUGAUCAGUUCAUUGACAGGACGACCAAGAGAUCUCAAACACUCUACGAUGGGCAGCCCACCAGUCCCCCAGGUGUUUGUCACAUCCCUAUGGCUGAGCCUUUCUGCACCAAAACUAGAGAGGUUUUGGUGGAGGUGGCACGGAGUCUGGGGAUCAAGUGUCACGUCCGAGGGACUAUGCUGACUAUCGAGGGGCCUCGCUUUUCCUCACGGGCAGAGAGCCUGAUGUUCCGCCAGUGGGGUGCUGACGUCAUCAAUAUGACCACCGUGCCAGAGGUGGUCCUCGCCAAGGAGGCCGGCUUGUGCUAUGCCAGCAUCGCCAUGGCAACAGACUACGACUGUUGGAAGGAACACGAGGAGGCGGUCUGUGUUGACAAUGUACUGAAGACGAUGAAGGAGAAUGCAAACAAAGCUAGCAGUAUCCUGCUAACGGCAAUACCCCAGAUUAGUCAAAUGGACUGGGCUCAGACAGUAAAUACAUUGAAAUCGAUGGCCCAAUCUUCAGUAAUGAUACCAAAGCACUAAACAGGGCGAAAAUACCAGGAAAGAGACCAGACAACCGGCCACAUGGAAUCCAGCACGACUACAAACUCAGACCUGCCCGUCGAAUCGCCAUCAGUGAAUCACAAGAAAGUGCCUCACAUUAAAUAAUACAAAAUUUCUCUUUUUUUUUUUUUUUUUUUUUUUCUUUUCCCUCCCAGUGUUUUGUGGUGACUCAGAACACACAAAUAAAUCCCCCCCACCACCACCCUGAUUCACAGAUCACUCAUUACAUCUGGAGCAUGUUUCCUCUUGCCCAGUUUUAGGUAGGCUGGACCCUCCAGCUUACCCCUGGUUGGAAAAAAAAUGGAUGUCGUUUGUAUCCGUUAUCACAUAUUUAGGGCCAAAACAUUUCAGGGUAGGAUAAAAAA